GACUUCACACAACUACAAGCAUACAGAGACAAUAAACAGAAAAAUAAGUAAACCAAGUGCAUUGAGGACUUUAACUAGAUGCACAACAGAAAUACUAUUUACAAAACUUAAUAUUUAGUAUUUAACCUAAUUUAGCUUUUAUCAUAUGAUGAGCAGUGAGUCCUUAUUGAUUAAACUAGUUUACAUCAGAAAGGCAGCAGCUAAUAAAAGUGAUUGCAGAGUUACAGUCUUGACUUGAGACCAAAUGAACAACAUAUGGUCUUUAACUAGACUCCUCUGUGUGUGAAUGGGCCUGGAGAGGCUAAUCGGAUCAGGCCACAGUUCAUAAAAUUUCCCAGAAUUCCCCUCUCUUAGGAAGCAGAUGGUAAAACUAAUCAUGUAAGCGCUUCGCCUGGGUUCCUUCCAGCAGUAUUACUCUAAAGAAAGGAAAUAGGAAAACCUUAAUAUUAAGUCGAGUAUGUAAACGCAAAACACAAAUAUUAAAUUAAACAAGGGUAUUUUUUCACAUUCUAUUAAAUUUUUCUUGCUUUUAAAAGGUUUAAUCAUGCAUGAAACAAUAUAUGAAACUAUUUCGAAUUUAUUGGGGACAGGAGUGAAUAAAAAGGAAAAGAAAUAAGCCACUGGCAGACUCCUUAACACUGUUACACAUCGAAUUUGAUCAAGUUUUGGCCCAGUUCAGUAUCUAAUUCACAAAGCAAAUCGCUCUAAUUAGCUCCGGGUGUAAACAAGUUCUAAACAUUUACCAGGAGUUGGUGCCAGGUUGCUUUGUUUUCUGUUCAACUUUCGUAAAACUACUUUCAGUUGAAACCAGAUUAAUGCAUUUGCUGUAUCUGCACACAUUUAAUAUUUUUUUCCAUGUGAAAAAUGAAAUCCGACUAAAUUAUUCCUGUUUUUAGGAUUACAAAAAUAUGUCUCAGAAAGUGCUAAUGUUUCUAAAAUGUAUUCAGCAUCUAAAUACACUAAAAUAACUGAAACGUUAUGCAAACAUAAGCGAGUGUCUUGUACUUUCCUGGGCUGAAAUGUCACUUAAAGAGGAAGAAGCCAUUUCUCCAAAAGCAGGAUACAUAUUAUGUGUUAUUUUUAUUUUACUCAAUACUGGCAUUAUGUAUGCAGAUAAAACAAUCAAAGAAGUUAAAAAUGGCUAUAUAAAACAUGCUCUUGAUUAUUUAUUGCUCAUUUUUCUCUAAAUGGAAUCAUGAUUUCUAAAUUAACAUCAAGUUGAAGAAAGGAAGUGGACAGAUUUAGCAAUCAAAUAAUUAGAAAGACAUGACUUUAAAAAAAGUCAAGUGAUAAGCGGAGUUGUUUAACGGAUUUUGUUAUAAAGCUUGUUCCAAUUACUGCCAGAGGAGUCUGGAAAUAAUGUGGUUUUAAGUUGAUUUAUUAAACCUGAAAACCUGCAAUGUUUCUUUUCCAAAGAAGGUUUGUUACCUAAUGUUACCCCGGAAAACGUGCAGCUUAUUUCUUCUCAAGGAACAACAUAAUGUGUUAUUUUGGUGAUUAGGUACAGAUAAUUAUGUUAUUUCUCUGCUAAAUGUAAGAGAAUAAGAAGGUCUCAGCAGUCAAAUCAAGUUGAAAAAAAUAUUGUUUUUUGUCGCUAAUUUAAUCAUUAGACUUUUAAGAUUUAAGAUCUUCCUCCCUGUCUAGCACCAUGAUACACAUCCCUGUCAUUUAGUCUGCAGAAUACAGAUCUUCGCUUGUUUCUCUAUGGAAAAUCAGGAACAGGAAGGAGGCUAAAUAAUGAAACAUCUGAUUGAUAAUUUGACCAAUGUCCUAAUUAUAAACUUUUUAAACUGAGCUCAGAUGUAUGACCUCCUUCUGUUUUCUUGUAAUGUGGAAAUAAAAAUCAACUUGGACAGAAAGAUGGAUGACUACCUGGAUACCAGCGUCAACAAAAACAGUUUAUGUGGAAAAUAUUCACAUUUUCCACAUUUUGGUUUGUUGCAGCCUCUUUCCAAAUUGUACUCAAUUAACUGCUGAUGUUUGUCACAUGUAGCUACAAAAAUUCACUCAAAUUUAAAUCAGGGUUCCGGCAGUAAUUAAAGUAAAAUCCUUUGGUAUGGAUCCUAAAGCAUAGUUCCCACAAGAACCGCCAUCUUGGAUGGCUACAUGUAGCAGCAGAAGCUACAUUAGCUAAGCUAAUUUGAGGGCUGUGCAAUAUUUUAAAACAUUACAAAGUUUAUGCCUUUGUUUACGUUUAACUAUAUUUAUAUUUAAACCUUGUGACUUGUUUUGGAUCAGUAUGUUUACCUGGAUAUUGCUAAUCAGCUGACCUCCAGAACAAUAGGCCCUUUCACAGCGGCUGAACAUAGAUCAGCCUGCCUCCUCGGCUCAGGCCGCCCGUCUCCACCCUCCUGCCCGGUCACGGGUCUUGUUUUGGACUGAUUUAAUAAGAAACACCAAGUACUCCGUACAGUAGACACCUCCGGUCUCAGACGGCAACCAAGAGAAGACGACUCCGCGGGGAGAUCUGAGUCAAAAUGUCUGAGCGCUACGACUGCACAGAGUGCAGCGACUCUUUGUACGGACAGAAGUACAUCCUGAGGGAGGAAUAUCCGUACUGCAUCAAGUGCUAUGAGGCACUUUUCUCCAGCAACUGUGAAAAGUGCAAGAAGCUCAUAAGCUGCACCAGCAAGGAUCUGUCCUUCAAGGACCGUCACUGGCACAGCGAAUGCUUCCUCUGCAACGACUGCAGCCGCUCUCUGGUCGACAAACCGUUUGCCACCAAAAACGACCUCCUGAUGUGCACCGACUGCUACUGUCUGGAGUAUUCCUCCAAGUGCCACGCCUGCCUGAAGACCAUCAUGCCAGGCACCAAGAAGAUGGAGCAUAAGGGGAACAGUUGGCAUGAGAAGUGUUUCAUCUGCAAAUUCUGCCAGCAGACUAUUGGCACCAAGAGCUUCGUCAAGAAGGACGGGAACAACUACUGUCUGGCCUGCUAUGAGAAACUGUUUGCCCUGCAGUGUGUCCACUGCAAGAAGCCCAUUACGACUGGAGGAGUGAGCUACCAUGACCAGCCGUGGCAUAAGGAAUGCUUUGUUUGUGCUGGAUGCAAAAUGCAGCUGGCUGGGCAGAGAUUCACCUCUCGAGACGACGCCACCUACUGCCUCGAGUGUUUCUGCAACCUGUUUGCAAAGAAAUGCGCCCACUGCACCAACCCAAUCAGUGGUCUCGGGGGCAGCAAGUACAUCUCAUUUGAGGAUCGGCAGUGGCACAACGACUGCUUCAACUGCAAGAAAUGCAGCGCGUCCAUGGUUGGUCGAGGUUUCCUGACGUUCAGAAACGACAUCCUCUGUCCUGACUGUGGUAAAGACCUCUGAGGGGUCACCAGCACCAAGGAGUCGAGCCAGUCUGACGGCCAAUCGGGACAACUUGGCAGCAAAGAUUAUUUUCCAGUUUAAUGAAUAUUAACCAGGAUGAUGUCUUUCUUUGGUUCUAAUUGAGGAACUGGAAACAGUUUUAAGCAAAAGUUUGUCUUAAAGAUCAAAUGAAAAACUAUAAAAAUAUCAGUUUGAAGUGGAAA